AUGCCGGCCGCCGAACCAUCCCCCGUCGCACCUCCCGAGCCCGGUUUUGUCAAGAUGGAAGACCGGAAGCGAGCUGCCACAUAUGAUAACAAUGAAUCGGCGCCUCCGCUGAAAAAACAGGCCACCUCGGUCAAUGGUGGCAAUAAACCCCAUCCAGAUGCUGAUAUGCCCUGGAAAGAUGAUCUCGAGCGAUUUCAGAAGGACGCGAUCUGGCGUCAAAUGCAGGAAUACAAACGUGACAAGGUAUCCCUGGAAGCGAAGUUAAAGGAAACGUCGAAGGCCACCGCCUACCAUAACGACCAUCUUCGUAUAAUCGACGCAUGGUAUAGCCAAUUGAUUGACGAGAUUAAACUCCUCUUUGGCAACUCCAACGAGGAUAGCAAGGAUCGCUCCUCCUUCCAAAGCUCGCUACAAUUUGGUGAUGUCGAUAAUUUUGAGAAACAUCUGAAAUCUCGCUCUGAUGAUAUACGAGACAUUAUCUCUCGCCUCGUCGCCAAGUCCCCAACAGGCCCUCCCGAGGUUGUGGAUUUACAGUCUCAACUUGCGCGGAAGUUAGUCGAAGAGAAAGCGACUCUUUCCGAGCUCAAUAAAGCGUUAUCCGAAAAGCAACAAUUGGAAGAAAGCCUAGAAGAAGCCUCCUUACGGUACAUGGUUGCCGAAAAGAAACUCGAUCGUGCACGGAGUGUAACUGUCGCCAAAUUAGAGAAGCAGUAUAUACUAGGUGCUCAGCGACCGGGUGGCGAUAGUGCGUCUGGAAACCGUGAAGAGCCGCCAAGCACGAAUGGUGCCACGCCUACCGGCGAACGCACGCCAGAAUCGGAUGAGUUUUACAGCAGGCUUUCUGCCGUGUCAGAAAAACAGAAAGAGCAGCUACAGAAACUGGAAGCCGAAAAUUCCAAUUUACUUGGCCAAAUCACAGAUAUAAGUAUUAAGAGGACGAAGCUUACCGACGACGAUUAUGCACAUACAGACCUAUUUAAGCAGUUAAGAUCUCAAUAUGACGAUGUUGUGAAACGGAUAAACCACUUAGAGGCAACCAAUGUACAACUCCGUGAAGAGGCAACGAAACUACGGUCGGAGCGGACGGCAUACCGCAAUCAAGUCGAUGAAGAAACACAAAAUGUUGUUGCCGAGAAGGAAGCGCAACUGGUGAAAGCCGAGAACGAUUUGGCACGGAUACGCAACACGCGUGAUGAACUUCUGGCUGAUCAACAGAUGCGGAAGGCUGCAUUAGAACAAGAGAAGACAGGAGCGCUCAAAAUAAAGGAGCUCGCGGAUGCUGGAAAGGCUCAAAUCGCCGCCUUGGAAUCAGAGGUGGAGCGGUUACGGAUAGAAAUUGGACAAGAGAAGGCAGAACAGGCAAAUCUCAACGAUAUAACGAUCGAGGAACUGCGUACAAAGCACAGCAAUCUGGACCGCCAGUACUCUAUGCUUAAUGCUGAAUUGGCGUCCAUGCAAAUUGCUUGCAAGAAAUACUCGUCAUUGGCAUCUCAAAAGGUCACCGAGUUUAGUGCGCUGGAGGAGAAGAUGGUACGUCUCGCCGCGGAGAAAUCUAAGGCAGAUCAGAAAUAUUUCGGUGCAAUGAAGGGCAAGGAGGCUCGCGAAAUGGAGGUCCGGACAUUGCGCAUGCAAAAUGCCAAGAGCUCUGACAUAGUAUCUCAGCUGAAGGAGUCGGAAGCAACCACGCGGUCGCUCCUUGCCAAUAUGGAGAAGCAAGUCAGCGAGAUCAGGGAAGCUUUGAAUAGCAUGGCCAACAAGUACCACUCGUCGCAGCAACAAGUUACAGAGAGCAAUAUUGCAAUGGAAGGCUUGCGCGGGCAAAUCACCGAACUCAAGGCGCUGUCAGUUUCAAAAGAUUCAACCCUGGCUGCCACAUCUAGCGCCUGUCGUCGUGCCGAGACUGAGGUUGAGGGGCUCAAGGCGACGCUUACUGAUACGAAGAAGAGUUUGGACAACUGGAAAAACAAGAGCCUUGGGAACUCGUCGUCCGAGUAUGAAAUGCUGAGAUCGCUCGCACUUUGUACGGUAUGCCGCAGGAAUUUCAAGAACACAGCUAUAAAAACCUGCGGUCACGUUUUCUGCAAAGAUUGCGUGGAAGAACGACUUACGUCUAGAUCUCGAAAAUGCCCGAAUUGCAACCGCUCGUUUGGCAAUAACGAUUAUAUGCAUAUUACGCUGUGA